AGCCGUGUUGUUAAAGGGAAGAUGACCAACUGGCUUAAACUCUUUUCCACAUUUGUCAACCCUCGCAUGGUCUACAAGAGCGCUGAACUUCAUACUGUUUUGAUGAACUUGUUGGCAAAGGGCGACACUAAACUUCAAGAGGCUGCUAUCGAGUGCCUAUUUACAUGGAAAGAGCCAGACGUGACACCUUAUCAAGAUAAUCUUCGUAACCUUUUGAACGAUAGCAAGUUCCGUGAUGAACUUACAGCCAUGCUUGCCAACGAAGAGCAGACUAUCAUUGAUCCUGCCCAUCGCGCUGGACUGACACCAUAUCUUAUGCGUAUUCUUUUUGGUCGUCUAGUCCAAGGUAAGGGAGGAAAGUCUUCUGGAAAGACUAACAAGGGAUCCCGUCGUAAGGCCGUUCUUGGUGCUGUUUCAUGCUGCCGCCAUUCAGAAAUUCAGUACUUCCUCGAUCUUGCUCUCGAACCAUUUAAGGAUAUCUUAACUUUGCCAGGUGUCGAAGAAAAAGAUGGCCAAGUUGUUAGCUUUUCUUUUGAUGACAAAGGUGGUGAUAUCUUAAAGAAUGUUGCAUGGAGAAAGCAGAUCGGUACACUCAAUUUAAUUGAUGAUAUGCUCAAACAAAUGGGCUCUCAUCUCCUGCCAUUCCUGCCCAUUCUUCUCAAGGUUGUCUUGUACUUCAUCCACUAUGCCCACCGUAGAUCGUCGAAUGACAUGGACGUUGACGAAGAAAAAACCCAGGAUGAGCAAAGUAGCAGAUCGAGAGAAGUCAGAGCCCUGGCCUUGAAGCGUGUAGUCGAUUUCUUCAAGUUGAACGGAAACUUUGACUUUAAGCCUUACAUGCCUGCCAUGUUUGCUUCUUUCAUUAAUCCUAGACUUGCCAAACUCCAGGAUGAAGCAUCCCAGAAUGCCUCUUCAAUCCUCAAUCUAUUCGUGGUGUGGUCUGAGCGCGCAAGUUAUGUCCGUUUCUUUGUCGAUUAUAACGACCAGGUGCUUCCCCAGAUAUAUUCUGUCCUGUCUGCCAAAAAGUUACAUGAACAGGCAUUAUCUGUCAUCCUCGAUAUCACUGAGAAUGUUUUGAGCCAUUGUGAAAGCGAAAUGGAAGUGGAUGGUGCUGCAAUCCUUAAAGACUCCCUUGUAUUGCCCUACGUCGACCUUUUGCUUAGCCAUCUUCAGUUCCGUCUAUUGCAAUCAAAGGAUGAUGUCAAAUUUGGAAGUGGUAGAUACUCUGUCCGUGAGAUCGCUAUCGUAUCUCGUGUUGCUAAAUACACCAAUGAUGGUGAACAGGCAGCUGUAAUCAUCAACCUUCUAUUGCCCAGUCUCAGAAAGCCUUCUCGUAUCAUUCCUGAGCGCACCAAGGAGCAUAUUCUCUCCAUUUGGUCCAAGUUCAUUCGUAUUGUACCUGGAUUCGAGGCCGAUUCAACCGUAUACCAUCUUUACUAUGGUCACCUGGCUCCUAUGUUCGCUACUUCUCAAACGCGCUCUAACCGCCUUCUCUUGGUUGACAUCUUUGAUGCCUUUGUUCAGAUUAACCCUGCUCUGGCCAAGGUUGGCAGUGUAUUGCGUGAUCUAAACUCGUACUCUCCAAGACGUUUGGAUGAGCUCGAUUUCGAUCGUAUGCUGGAUGCUCUCACUCUGAUCGGUGAUGAGUUAUAUGCUGUAUUUGAUCAUCACCAGUGGUUGCCUGUCCUUCACCAACUGGCAUUCUGUAUGCACGAGCCUACUGAAAUGGCAAUCCGCGGUAGCGCCACACAUUGUAUGGUUCGUUUCAUCAAUGUGACCAAGGACCACGAGGAAGACGAAGAGAAGCGUAAGCUGAUGGCUUUAGUUCACCACGUUCUUUACCCAUCAAUCAAGACUGGUUUCCUGGAACGUAUCGAAUUGGUCCGUGUCGAGUUUGUUAACCUUUUGAACAAUGCCGUCAAAGCCUUCCCCACAAUCUCAAUUUUCACCGAUCUUGUGCCUUUGUUGGGUGAUGGCGAUGAAGAAAUUAAUUUCUUUAACAACAUUUACCACAUGCAAAUCCAUCGUCGUGUUCGUGCCAUGGCUCGUCUUGCUGAUAUUUCUGAGACCAAGACAUUCAAACCUGCUACAAUCAAUAGUAUCUUUAUGCCUCUUAUAUCAGCAUUCUUCUAUGAGAGUGACCGCAUGAUGGAUCACAACUUGAUUCAUCAGUGCAUCAAGACCGUAUCUUCUCUCGCCAAGUUGCUUCCUUGGAACCAUUACUACAAUUUGCUUAAGCACUAUCUUUCAAUGAUCUCCCGCAAGGAAGAAAUGGAGAAGAUAUUUGUUCGUAUUGUCACUGGUAUCCUCGAGGCAUUCCACUUUGACCUCAGUCAUGUGGUAGUCCGUAUUGAUUACUUGACAUCACAAGAAAUCAUUGCCCGCGAUGCCGCUGAUAAUGCAGAAACCCAAGGCAUUAUUCCCGAAGAAAUUGAAGAAGAUAAGGAGGUAGUCGCCAAGAAGGACCAGGCUGAACGUAUCCACGAUAUCUUGAUCACAAAGGUGCUUCCCGAACUUAACGCUUAUUUGAACAAUCACAAGAGCAAAAAAUCCGUUUUGGUGCGCGUUCCUGUCGCACUCGGUAUUGCCAAGCUUCUCCGCGCUUUGCCUGAACGCUCUAUGCGUCUCAAUCUUCCCGCCUUGUUGACCAAUAUGUGCCAGAUCCUUCGCAGUCGCGCUCAGGAUGUUCGUGAUAUGACCCGUGAAACAAUUGUCAAGAUCAACGCCUUUUUGGGUCCUUCGUACUUCUCUUUCAUUAUUAAAGAACUUAAGACAUCCCUCCAACGUGGUUAUGAACUCCAUGUUCUUGGUUUCACUGUAAACGUUCUAAUUAACGAUAUGAUGCCUCGCCUCGAAGUCGGUCAACUUGACUACUGCAUGGGUGAUAUCGUAAGUCUGUUGGUUAGUGACAUUUUCGGCAGCAUUGGCCAAGAAAAGGACAGUGAUGAGAUGACUGGUAAAACCAUGGAAGCCCGUAGCAACAAGAGUCCUGCUACCUUUGAGCUUUUGGCCAAGAUUGUUCGCUUUAAGAAUGUUGGCAUAUUGUUGAUGCCCCUGAAGGAUAUCAUGUCUGAGACUGAGAGUCUUAAGAUUUUGAAGAAGGUUGACGAUAUUCUGUCAAGAAUUGCCACAGGAUUGGUCAACAACCCCGAAUUCGAAUCCCAAGAGCUUCUGGACUUUGCUCAUGGUUUGAUAUCCGAGAAUGUCGAGACCUUCAAAAUUAAGACAAAGACAAAGGUAUCCAAGACCCAGAAAGAAAAGAACUUUGAGGUCCAGAUGAAGCGCAAUGUGGUUGAAACUGUGGAUUAUUAUCGUGCCAAUGUUCAUCGUUUUGUAUACUUUGGUUUGAGUCUGCUGUACACUGCUCUCCGCAAGAGCAAGUCGAUUUUCAAAACCGAAGAAUAUAAGGAUCAACUUGACAAAUUUGUAGAUGUUAUUGGUAAUACCCUUUACUCCAACCAAACUACAAACGUAAUUUUGGCUUCCAAGAUCAUGUGUAUUAUGGUUACCCUUCCCCUGCCUUCCAUCCCUGAAUCUGUACCUGUCGUUGUCAAACGCACCUUUGCUUUGAUUAAAUCUACCGGCAAUACACACUCCAAGUUGGCACAGGCCUGUAUCAAACUUUUGACCAUUUGUAUUCGUGAUACCAAGCAGUCGACUUUGACUGAGCAGCAGCUCACAUAUUUGUUGAACAUUGUUCGACCGGACAUGGAAGAGCCUGAUAGACAGAGCACUGUAUUUUCGCUUGUCCGUGCAAUCCUUAUGCGCAAGUUUAUGGCUCCGGAGAUGUACGAUCUGAUGGAUUUAGUUUCAAACAUCAUGGUUACCAACCAGGCCAAGGAGAUUCGUGAACAGGCCCGUUCGGUGUAUUUCCUCUUCUUGAUGGACUAUCCUCAGGGUCGUGGUCGUCUGAAGACCCAGAUGAGUUUUAUCAUCAAGAACCUCGAGUAUGUGUACGAAAGUGGUCGCGAGUCGAUCAUGGAGCUCUUACACCAUAUUAUUGCCAAGUUUGGUGAUGAAAUUCUUGAAGAGUUUUCCGAGGCCAUAUUUUUGGCUCUUGUUAUGCGUCUUGUGAACGACGAGUCAGCCAAGUGUCGUGAGAUGGCAGCAGCUCUUAUCAAGGCACUCUUGGAACGUAGCGAAGACCGUAUGAAGACUAUCUACAAGCUGUUAAACACCUGGUUGGAUUCCGACAAAGCCAAUUUGCAACGUGCAGGAUGUCAGGUGUAUGGCUUGGCCAUUGAUACUUUCGGUGAGGGUAUGCGCUCUCAAGCUCCCAAGCUCAUUGAGAAGUUGACCCGUAUGUUGGAGGUUACACGUGAACAAAUUGAAACCUUGAUGGACUCCGACGAUGAAACUGAAGAGAAUGUUAUGGAUGUCGAUAGUGAUAUUGAGUGGGAGGUCGGAUAUUAUGCUCUCAAUACAUUUGCGAAAUUGGCCAAGACAUUCCCCAAGCUUAUUUAUGCCCCUGGUACAAUGAGCGUAUGGAAGGGAAUGGAGGAAGUUCUCUUGCACCCUCAUACCUGGAUCCGUGCUUCAGCUGCAAGACUUUAUGGUGUUUAUUUUGCCAAUAUUGAUCCUGAGACUCGCCACACAACCACCGGUGAUGAUCAGAGCUCAUAUUUGACACUUGAGACAUUGCGCAUCCUUGCUGUCAAUUUUGUUGAACAAAUGAAGAGCAAGCACCUUACAGAAGAUCAAGCGAAUCAAAUUGUUAAAAACUUGUUCUUUAUCGGUAAGUGUAUGUAUUACCUUUCCGCAGAAGAAGACAUCGAUGAGCGCUCGGAAACCAAGGCAGAUGAGGAGGAGAAGGAAGAACAAGAAGAAGGUGUAGAUACUGAAAUCGAAGCCAAGCUUGAUGAGGCCAGUUCAAAGCGCUCUCUCAACUGGCUCUUCCGCCGUAUCUCUUUCACAAUUCGUGGUGCUGCUAUGAAGAGACAGAAAAACUUUUUGUUGUGUUCUUCGGCCUUCAAAUGGUUCGCAGCAAUGUGUAACUUUAUCCCAUCAGAAAAUCUUGCUCCUUACCUUUUGCCUGUUAUCACACCCCUCUACUAUGUUGUUAACGACGCUAACUCAAAGGAUGAGCAGUCUGUUGAAUUGAAGCAGUUUGGCAAUGAAGUCCUCGGAAUGAUUCAAAAGAAGGCAGGUACAACUGUCUACUUUGCUGCCUACCAACGUGUUCGUCAAAAGGUGACAAAGUCAAAGGAGGAGCGCAAGGCUAAAUUGGCUAUUGAGGCCGUUGUCAAUCCUGAACUUGCAGCCAAGCGUAAGAUUCUGAAACAGCAAAAGAAUAGAGAUCGCAAACGC